AAUUUGCCAGGAAAUCAAAGCAAACACUGGCCAUAACCGCAGCAUCGUCAGCCGCCGGACGGGAGCAGCUUAGGAAGAGGAGGCCGACGCCGUACUGCUAGCACAAGCCAAGAAAUGGGCGCGCUCUGCCUGCUCUACCCAUCCACGCCGCCGCGCUGCCCAUGCGGCGCCCGCGCGGACGCGACCGCGGCCUUCGCGCCUUCCCCUUUCCUCUCAUCAUGUGCUGCCACCGGUGCACAAACAAGGCUGCAGCUCUGCGGCAGGAGCCAGAGGCGCGGCGGCGUGGCGCGGGUAGGUGGCGGCGGCGGUGGGGGCAAGGGGGAGAGUGGCAAGAACGGCGCGGCGGCGUUCUUUGAUGAGGACGGGGUGGUGGACGACAUGGACGGGUACCUCAACUACCUGUCCCUCGAGUACGACUCUGUCUGGGACACCAAGCCUGCCUGGUGUCAGCCUUGGACAAUAUUGCUUACGGGAACUGGUGCCGUUGCCUGUAGUUGGGUGCUUAUCCAAUCUGUUGUAAUUACUGCUGGGGUUUCUUUUGUAAUAUCCGCAUGGUGGUACAUAUUUCUCUACUCGUACCCUAAGGCAUACACCGAGAUGAUAGCAGAGAGAAGAAGAAAUGUAGCCAGUGGAGCUGAAGAUACCUACGGGAUGGAGAAAAUCCAGUGAGGAUCUACGGCGGCGCUGCUUGUAGAGUGCAUAACUCUCUUGUGUUGUGUCUAGCAUUUCCUUGCUGAGGGUGAUAUUUAGAAAUGACCGCACGCUGUGGCACGUACUAGCACGAUUUGUCUGUAAAUGUAUUCGCCAGAAAUUGCAACAAUACCAUGGAAUCAUGUC